AUGAAGCUCGAUAUCUCUCUUUUCCUUGGACUUUCUUUCAGUAUCUCUGUAGCCGCUGCCUACGAACCCGUCUACCUUCAAAAACGGACAUGUUCGCAGAAUAAUCUAUACAGAACUCUUGAGCGCCUUCAAAGAGAAUCAUCAUUCUGUCAAGCCCUUCUACUUCCCAACCCUACCGUCACAGUCCCUUCGAGUAUUGCUGCAACUCCAAUAGCAACAAUUAGCAGUGCAUGUAAUUGUAUCGUGGCAACAUUGACCACGUCGAGGACUACGACUUCCGUCACCACGAGUUCCACUUCAGUUUGCGCGAACACAAUUACCAUCACCCCCAAUCCUGUGACGGUUACGGAGAGGCCUGACCCUGUCACUGUGACUGAAACAUAUACUACCACGAGCACUCUAACGCAAGCGACAUAUUCUCAUGUUUUAGAUUUCGAGAAACCUGAUCGGCUCUGGGGAUGCGGCUCUAAAGUCGAUAUCAUUAAUAGAAUCGAUGUUGAUUUCUCGACUUGUGGCGAGCACGAAGAUCCCCAAUAUGCCCAUUCUGGGGAUUGGUUCUAUCGCUUAGGAUUCUACGCUAGUAGGAGCGAGGUAAUAUUUCGUUUCGGAAACAAGAAAGCCCUCGCGAUUCUCCCCAAUGUCGAAUACGAAUUCAGCAUUUGGUACCGACAGCUCUCAUACACCAAAUCCAUCUGUUCUGUCACUGUUGAUCUCGGAAACCGUGGUUUGCCAAAUAUAGGAGGUUUAGAUACUGUGAAUAGUGGAUAUAUCAUAGGUUCAACAUUGUAUCCAACAACCAGCCUGAAUUGGACAAAAUCAUCGAUGAGAUUCAAAACACAGUACACCGAAUUGGGGAUGUUCAUUACGGCGACUUGUCGAUGUCCCAGUGGAGAGAGUUGCGGUGAUGUUUAUUUAGGGUUUGAUGAUAUCACCAUCACGCCUGUAGUUCCGGUUUGA